UAGCACAGCGGUCGGAUGCUUGGGUGGCGAAGUGCAUUGGAGAUCUACUAUUAAGGCUUGGAAGUUGGCAUCUCUAUGGGCAUCUCUAUGAGCAUCUCCAUGAGCAUCUCUAUGAGCAUCUCUAUGAGCAUAUCUAGCAAGUAGGAAAGCCAUAGAUCAUAUGCGAGCCACUAGAUGGGGGUCAACUUUCAACCACUAAUGCUAGGGCCUGUUCAUUUUCACGAGGUUUGAAAACAUCUUCGUUAGGCUCCGGCUCUGCCCCCAAAGCGCGUACUAAAAGCAUGCUUCAACAAGAGCGAAGCGGAACACCCUCGAGAAUGACGUCAAUCGAGUUAAGGCUUAAAAGAAUUUGUGAAUUCAUUUCUACAAGCCAUUUCUACAAGCUAUAUUUUGUGUCUAGAAGUUUUGGGAGAAUAAUACGCAAGAAGUGAAGUCUUUUGAGCUCUAAUCCAAGGAGCUAGCUCUAGUAAGAAGUGGCGCCACUCGCGGACAGGGAGUCGAACACUGAGCAAUGAAUGCCAAAUUUCGAGUAACUUCAUGACCACGACGAGUAACACUACCAAUUCGACUCCAACGGUAGGGAGAGUGGAAAGUGGGGCCGCUAUUGUUAAGGCUACACGAAAUCCAUCUUCACACGCAUUCACGGGGAAAAAGGUUCUAGAAGGCUUUGCAGGGUGGAUUUCUCUUAGUUCUAAAAUUCUUGCUCGUGCUGCUGAAGGUUGGGCCAGAUCUGCAGCUGCUCGUGAUAGUACUACACCAACACCGCGGAAAAACUUGCCGGAGAACCAAGAAUCAUGGACACAUGGAGACGUCGAGUUUCAGGAUCUGCGGGCACACGGACAUGUGGACAAUAUCGACGUAGUAGACCAUGAUAGUGAUACUCAGCACGCUCGCAGCCGCGCUCUCCCUCUAGCUCAACAGCAUCUAACGCACCAGAACAAGCAAAAUGAGUGGCAUCAAUUGACACCUAUACUGCAGAAGG